UUUCAGCAAGCUGUUGCCCAUAAGAACCGGCAAUGACAUAUGUUGAACGGUGGUGGCUCACAGACUACACGCCAGAAAUAUAUAUGUACUUGCGCAACCUGGAGCGGCGACGGAUGACCUACAAAAGUCAGUCACCUCAGCUGCAGCACAGGAGCAGACUUGUGGCCUUCAUCAGUACUGUCUGCAGCUGCAUGGAUUUCUGUACCCUGGUCCAGCAUCUCUCUGUGCACCUUUUGGAUUUCUUCAUGGAUAGCCACAAUAUUGUCCCAGAGCAGCUAGAGCUUGUUGCUUUAGGCUGUGUUGUAGUUGCAGCACGCUACCCGCUGUUCGAUGUCAAACAGCGGGUGCUGGUCAGGCAAGUCCUGCGCAAGUCAGGACGGGCCUCUACACUGCAUAGUCCUCAACUUCUUCUCAAGUUCCCUUGUUAUCCAACCAAGUUGCUGCCCGAUACGGUAGAACAGCCAACAUACAAUGGAUGGAUGUACACUUUCCACUAUAUGGAGAGCGAUAAGUUGCUGGCCAUGAUUUGGGAAUGCCUGUCAUGUGCGUUCCAGCCCAUCCUCAUUCUUCACUAUGGCUGGUAUCACAUUAUCAAUGAUGUCAUUCUUUCAGCUAAAGCUGAAGAAAAAGACUGUCGCAAUCCUCUCAACAGUGAGAUCAGCAAGCUAAUGGGCAAUGCAUACACCCUAAAGGAGAUUGGAGAAGCUGAGCGGGCCGUGCUGAAAUUCUUUCGGUGGGAGGUGCAUCAUCCAACGGUGGCCCACUUCUUGGAUUACUUCGCAGUGUUUGGGCUAAUGCCUUACGAUAAACCAUUUUCAAGAGUGUCAGCAGAGAUGCUACAGCUUCGUGAAGCCAUGAAACACCAGCUGGACUUCUUUCUUGAAGCAUCUCUCAAAGACUACAUGCUCAUCCAGAUGCCUGCUUCCAUGGUGGCUGCUUCAUGUGUUGUGUGUGCUCGUGUCUGCAUGUGUAUUUAUCCAUAUUGGUCAACGACACUGGAGAAAGUCAGCGACUACAAGCUGGAGCAACUUGCUUUUUGCACCAACCAACUGCUGAUGGCACGAGACAGAGAAUAUGCUGAAAAUGGUGCAAGGCCACAAGAAUUCAAUGACUCCUAUGCUGUAGGCUUUCCAUACUACUACGACAUCAUGGCUCUACAGGAUGCAGAAUCGCGACAUGAAGACCGCAGGGCAGCCUGGUGGCCAGUUCAUAGCAGCCAGUACGAAGUUUGA